UAUAUAGUUGUGACAAAUAGAUUGUGCAGGUUUUCAGAUCGUAUAAAUAAACCUGAAGCACUUGGACAAAAGGUGUUGUGUGGCGGGAUAAAGGAGUUUUUGCACCUCAAAUGGCUGCCAUUACUUUCAUCGAUUGCUCUAGUUACACAGGGAACCUAAUGAAAUGUCACCAAAAUAAACCACGAAAUGAAGAGCAGACAGAUCCAAACAUAAACUCUUUUACAGUUUUUGGUGGCAUUUUGAGGAACUAAGAAAGUUGUUUUGUUCAAGCACUUAGGAAUUAUUAUUCCUAUGAUGCUUUAGGAGACGUUUGUCAUCCAUCUUUGGGAACGAUAAAACAAAUCUGACCCAGAGCUCAAACCAAAUAUACAAAAAUAUACAUAUAUAUGCUGCCGGCUCGGGUUAGAGUCCAGACCAACUGGGGCUUUGGGCUCCUCGUGAGCCGCUAGCAGGCUCAGGGUCUUUAUUUGCUCGUUCUCUUUCCCUAAACGUCACUUCGCACUCGUUCCUUGCAGAGCCGGUUGUUGUAGCAGAAAACCUAAAUCUUAACUUCAAACCUGAGGAAUAAUCAUGCCAAGUAGACAGAGUUUGCCAUCCGUAGAGACCCAGACCGUCACCGUGGAAGCCCUGAUGGCUGCGGUCGACCCGUUUUUCAGAAACAUCACGCCGAAGGAGUGGUUGGGACUGGCAGAUGGAAACCCAGAACCCAGCACCACCUGUGCUCUGCGUGAGCCUUUUGGAGACAUCUUGGAGCUGUUUACAUGCAACGUUCUGCAUAGUCUCCACAAGGAAAGCUGCACUAUGAAGGACUUGAAGGCGGGCGUGGGCAACAAAGUUCCCGAAACCUUCGCUAAAGUCCUGGAGAUCGACGAAGACAUCAGUACCGAGCACACACAGAAUUUAAACAGGCUCAUUGUGCAAUAUCUGCUGGCUAGAGUCAAUCACAGCUUGGACUCAGGUGCUCCAAGAGAUCAUGUUGAGCAAGCACCUUGUAUGUCAAUAAUCAGACAUAUGGUUGAUGAAACCAAUUUGGUCAUGCAGGACCUUUCGGAUAGAUUGCGCGCAUCUGGUGAGGAAUUCAAGAAACCAGCCGACGGUAAAACUUGUGAGCCGAAAUCUAAGAUUAAAGGUCUGAUGGGGAAGAUCAAGAAAUUUUUCAGAAAUUUCACUGGUAAACAUUCAUCGAAGGUGGCUCCAAUGAUCAUCCAGGAGCAACCAAAAACCUCUCUGGCUGAAAACAAGUACACGCUGAGCAUCCAGGUGGAAGAUGUCGACAACCUUUCGGACAUUAAAGGAUGUAUAGCAGAAGCUCGGCCGGCCAAAGACAACAACAGAACUACGGCCAUGGCAGCCGUUAUUUCUCUAGAAGUCCAGGCAACCGCAGAGUUACACAAAGAGCCUAAGGUUGAUAAAAUCUCACCUGCUGAGCCGUUCGUUCCUCUUGAUGUUGCAGAUGUGGAGAACUCUGUACCAGAGACUCAGUCAACCAAAGAUUCACAGGAAAUAGAAGGGAAGCCAAAGUUGGUUGAAAUCUCAUCCAUGGAAGCCUUCUUUCAUCCGGUGAUCUUGUUGACUGAAAAUCUGCUGGAAAACGAACCAGAAACAGAGUCCAUCAGCAAACCAGAGGAAGGCCAGUCUGAAGAGGUAGAGAUGAGAAAAACGGCCGUGAGAAGCCUGGUCAGAGAUGUGAUCAAGAAGAUUAUUGACAAGUCAGGACACAAAUACUACCUCUAG